AUGUUGAAACUAAACAAAUAAAAAAUUAUUAAAUUUAACACCGGUGACAAUGUUGGGUUCAACGUGAAGAACGUUGUUGUGAAGGAUCUGAAACGUGGGUUUGUUGCCUCCAACUCCAAGGAUGAUCCCGCUAAGGAGGCAGCCAACUUCACUUCCCAGGUUAUCAUCGUGAACCACCCUGGGCAGAUUGGGAAUGGCUAUGCCCCAGUGCUCGACUGCCACACCUCUCACAUUACUGAGAAAUUUGCAGAGAUUCUCACCAAGAUUUAUAGGCGAUCAGGUAAGGAGCUUGAUAAGGAGCCCAAAUUCUUGAAGAAUGGAGAUGCAGGUUUUGUCAAGAUGAUCCCGACCAAGCCCAUGGUUGUGGAGACCUUCUCUGAGUAUCCUCCUCUUGGUCGUUUUUCCGUGAGGGACAUGCGACAGACUGUUGCUGUUGGUGUCAUCAAGAAUGUGGAGAAGAAGGAUCCUUCCGGUCUGGCUAAGGUGACAAAAUCUGCUGCCAAGAAGAAGUGA